AGAGAGAAAUAAGAAAGAGAGAAUGGGAAUGAGAAGAGGGAGGGAGAAUAUUAAUGGUGUGGCCAUAACAAUAAUAAUGAUAACAGUGGUGGUGGUUGCAAAUCAGAUUGGUAUUUGCAGCUCCUCCUCGUCGUCAUCUUCGUCGUCGUCGUCGUCGGAGAUUAACAGAGGAAGCUUUCCAAAGGACUUCGUCUUCGGCACUGCUUCUGCUUCUGCUUUCCAGUACGAAGGAGCAGUGAAAGAAGAUGGAAGGGGACCCUCUGUGUGGGAUAAAUUUUCACAUACUUUUGGCAAGGUUAUAGACUUCAGCAAUGCUGACAUUGCAGUGGAUCAAUACCAUCGCUACGAAGAAGAUAUACAACUUAUGAAGGACUUGGGGAUGGAUGCUUAUAGGUUUUCAAUUUCUUGGUCAAGGAUUUUCCCCAAUGGAUCUGGGGAAAUCAAUCAAGCAGGAAUUGAUCAUUACAACAAAUUCAUAAAUGCUUUAUUAGCCAAAGGAAUUGAACCCUAUGUGACCCUUUAUCAUUGGGAUCUGCCCCAAGCCUUGGAAGACAAGUACAAUGGAUGGCUUAGCCCUGAAAUCAUAAAGGACUUUGCAACUUAUGCUGAGGCUUGCUUUCAGAACUUUGGGGACAGGGUUAAGCAUUGGAUCACAUUCAAUGAGCCUCAUACUUUCGCCACGCAAGGAUAUGAUGUCGGCCUCCAGGCCCCCGGCCGGUGCUCGAUCCUCCUCCGCCUUUUUUGCCCGGCCGGCAACUCUGCUACCGAACCUUACAUCGUUGGUCACAAUGUUCUUCGCUCUCAUGCAACCGUAGCAGACAUCUAUAGGAAAAAGUACAAGGAUGUACAACAUGGAUCAAUUGGGAUAGCUUUUGAUGUAAUUUGGUAUGAGCCACAAACAAACACUAAAGAAGACAUUGAAGCAGCUCAGAGAGCUCAAGAUUUUCAGCUUGGCUGGUUUCUGGAUCCAUUGAUGUUUGGAGAUUAUCCAAGCUCAAUGAGAAGCAGAGUUGGAAGCAGAUUGCCAGAAUUUUCACCUACCGAGGCUGCUCUUGUUAAGGGUUCACUAGAUUUUGUUGGAAUUAACCAUUACACCACCUUCUAUGCAAGACAAAAUUCUACAAACUUUCUUGGAGUUUUGCUCAAUGACUCAAUCGCAGACUCUGGCACUAUUACUCUUCCAUUCAAUGGAACUAAAGCUAUUGGAGAAAGGGCAAAUUCUAUAUGGUUGUUUAUAGUUCCAAGAGGAAUGAGAAGCUUAAUGAAUUACAUCAAGCAAAAGUAUGGGAAUCCUCCAGUUAUUAUCACUGAAAAUGGAAUGGAUGAUCCAAAUAAUGUAUUUAUCCCCAUUGAGGAUGCUCUCAAGGAUAAGAAAAGGAUCAGAUACUACAGUGGUUAUCUAUCUAGCUUAUUGGAUUCAAUCAAUAAAGAUGGGUGCAAUGUAAAAGGAUAUUUUGCAUGGUCAUUAUUGGAUAACUGGGAAUGGGCAGCUGGAUACACAUCAAGAUUUGGUCUCUACUUUGUUGAUUACAGAGACAAUCUUAAGAGAUACCCCAAACAAUCUGUUCAAUGGUUCAAGAACUUCCUCAAUCAUUCCACCAAUUGAAUAUAUUUCAAUUUUAUAUUUUUUAUUUUACUGUUGAAUUUCUUUGUUAAAGGAAUUGUAUUGUUGAAUACUUGAAUUUUACUUCCAUUAAAUAGUGUGGAACUGUGAAUUUUAUGUUU